CGGGAAGACGAUCUCUUCAAGGUCAAGUUGCCGUCGUCUUUUCACGUGGUGACUAUCUAUUUCCCUUUCUAGGCUUUGGAUAUUAAAAGAUGGUCAGGAAAUGCUUAAAAAACAAAAGUAAGCGCGUAACCUGUCACAAGCGAUACAAAAUUAUCAAGAAGGUAAAAGAGCAUCACCGCAAGUUACGUAAGGAAGCUAAAAAGAACUUAAACCGACAUCGAAAGGAUCCUGGUGUCCCUAACAUUCUACCCUUCAAAGAAAGUUUUCUGAAAGAUGUUGCCGAAGCAAAAAUGAAGCUAGAAGAAGCAAGACUUAAAAAUAUAGAGUAUUCUCAAACUUAUAAGUCUCUGAAACAUGAAGAUGUUCCUCACUCAACAGUUCAGCACGAUGUUAAAGACGUUAUAAACCAGUCUGACGUUAUAUUGGAAGUAUUGGAUGCACGUGAUCCAAUGGGUACGCGCUGUCCAGAGAUAGAAGAAACUGUCCUUAGGGAGAAUAAACGUUUGGUUUUGCUCAUCAAUAAGAUUGACCUUGUUCCGCGAUCCAAUCUCGAGGCUUGGGUAAAUUACCUACGCAAAACUCACACGGUCAUAACAUUCAAGGCAAAUACGCAACGCCAGAGUAACCAUCUUUCGUGUGGAAAACCAUAUCUUCUGAAAGAUGGAAAAAUGCCAAGUAAAGGGUUCGGAACUUCUGAAUUAUUGUCGUUGCUUGCAAACUACUCCCGUGAUCCAAGCUCCAGUCUGUCUAACACUAACACUCGUCUUAGUUUGACUGUUGGUGUCGUCGGCCUUCCGAAUACUGGCAAAAGCGCACUCAUAAAUACCCUUAAAAGACAAAAGGUGUGCGUCAGUGGUAAUGUUCCCGGUUUAACACGUCAGUCUCAGCGUGUACGAAUUGACAAGAACCUAUUUCUUCUCGAUACUCCGGGUACCUUGAUUUCAAAGUCAUCUGAUGCUUCAGAUCUUGUGUUAAAAAAUUGUAUAAAACCAGAAAUGCUCCCGGAUCCUGUUCCAGCUGUUGAAGCCAUAUUGCGUCGUUGUUCACAAGCGCAACUGGUUUCUAAGUAUAAGAUUGAAGAGUACAAUAAUGUUUCAGAGUUCCUAGUUAAGUUAGCACACCGUUUGGGUCGAAUGAAAAAGGGUGGUAUUCCAGACACCACCAUGGCAGCGCGUUCUGUAAUUAAUGAUUGGAUUAUGUAAGUAACCUGUUGCUGUGACAUUCUUUUUAGUGGAAAAAUCACUUACUACACGGAGCCUCCGUAUACUGAUACUGUGGAAGAAAAUCUCGAUUUAUCUUUAAAAGACAAUGCAAUGGAUAUCUCUGAAUUUCCGACAAACUAAUAGAUGUAAAUGUUUGGGAGUGUAAAUAUAACAUUUAAUGUAUUUUGCUUUGACUGUUAAAGAUUGAUUUUCAAUCAUUGUUACAUGGUUGAUAAUCGUUGCAAUCCUGUGCAGAUGUAUUCGUUUCCACGUGGUCAAUUUUUUAAUUAUGUGCUUAAAUUACUUUCCUUACUGGCUUCAUUUUAGGAGACCGUUGCUAACAUAUUAUAUAAGGUCAACUGGUGGAGAAUUCUUGUAUAUUUCAGUCGUGAUUUUCAUCCAACUGGGACUAGUUCAUGAUGCAAGUUACCUUCGAAAAUCAUCACUUAUUUG